GUGAAACAGUUGUAUAGAGUGCAAUAUUAUUAAGAUUAGGAGAACUUUCACCAUCAGGUCUUUGCUCCAGUUUGUAGGUGACCACGUGACUCCGCCCUCCCUGUAUUUAACGGCACGGGGUGCGCGCGCGGCGAGGAUUCGAGUCGGUGCGCGAGCGCGGAACGGAGCAUCCACGUGACACCGAGGAGGUGAGCGCGCGCUCCGUCCGGUCGCUGGAGCAUGACGACGCCGCCUUUGAUGCGCGCGCGCUCCGCCACACUACUACUACUACUACUACUACUAAUACUGCUAAUAACAGUGCACGUGUUGGCGGCUGCACCGGCGCGCGCAUCAUCACGCAACAGGUUGAGUUUUCCAAGAAAGUUCUGGAACUUUGAGGCGGGAAGUGAUAUCGCCAUGGAAACCACUAUCAAGCCCCUGACUGGUGUAAAGGAUGUGGUGCGAGAGCGCCAUUUGGUCUGGAGAGAUCUCGAGCAUAAAGAUCCCCUGCUGAGUAAUUCUCACACACCUCUCGGUCAAAUCCUCAUCCCUGAGAGACGGAAACGGGGGCGUCGCCAGGCGCUCUUCGGCUCGCGGGGUCAUGUGCACGGUCAGCUGAUGCGGGUGGGCUGCGUGUUAGGAACCUGCCAGGUCCAGACCCUGAGUUAUCGUCUCUACCAGCUGAUCAGCCAGAGGAAAAAAGAACAUUCUUCUCCAGUCAAUCCCAGAAGUCCUCACAGUUACGGAUGAAACUCAACAGGAUGCUUUAUCUGACUCCGCCCAGUAACAAAUAGCGCUUUUCCAUUGGACAGUGUCAGUAUGUCAAUAUCCUGAUGAACUAACUGUCUCUCUCUCUACAAUGACAAGAAAGUAGGAGGAGUUUCCUGGUGGUUAAAGAGAUGAUUUAUGAUGGUGGGCAUGACUGGUCAAAUUCUGAUUUUCUUUGAUAUGAAAUUUAGAAAAAAUACAAUAUUUCUAUAUUUUUAUUUGUCUCUCUCUCAUAGGGUGAACUAAUAAAUAUGGUGAGUUUGUUACAAAAUGAAACCGGGGGUGCCAAUACUUUAAUGUUACCGAAAGCUUUGCAUGCCCUGAAGCAGUAAAUCAGCCCGAUACCAUGAUGCUGCUACCACCACCACCACCACCACGCUUCAUCUGUGAGAAUGAGGUUUUUGUGGGGAUAACUGAAUGCCUCCAUGAAGGAAACCACUCCCUUGGAGUCGAAUAAUGCAUCAUAGACCAACACACACCCCCUGGCCUCGUCUGUGAAGCGUGGGGUUCGGAGCGUCACAGUUUAGAGCUGAAAUGAUUUUUUUAUUUGAGCAUCUCUCUCACAGUGUGAACCACUAGACAUGUUUGGUGAGUUUGUUAUAGCGGCGAAUUAACGGAAAUAAGACCAAGGGUGCCAAUAUUUUAAUAUUAAGCAAGUUAACGUUAAAUGUUAAAAUGCAACAUCGACGGCUGAACAUCUACGAUACUCCAACACGGUGACUCGGAAGCCAGACUGGAAUUUGGAAUAACUUAAAGAUGGUGGAACAAAAAAUCAAAAAGAAUCUGAAACAUUAAGGUUUAUGGUAAAAGUGUGGCGUUUAUAUUUGCUGUUAAAGGAAAAGAUUGUAAAAGAUAGAUAAAGUUUGUCACGGUCACCACAAUGUCACACAGAUCACUGUGACGAAUUAUCAGGAAGAUUCCGGCACUGUUACGUUUGACCAAUCAGUGAUCUGCACUGUUUUACAGUUUUAGCUCCGCCCACAUCUGAGAUUGGCUCAUAUGGUAUCAGGGCAAGAAGCGGAACUUACGCUGCGCUCAACUAAAGCUCGUAACUCGUAAUUCCCACCGUCCGACCAGGAAAUGCCGAGGUUCUCAGGCCAAAAACAAACCUUCAGUGUGAGAAAUAUUCUGCCGUUAUUUCCUUUAACAUCCCGUGAGUUUGUCCCGUGUUUCAUUUCCAUCACACUGCUGAAAAUAGGUCAGAAUUCCCAUCAAAAGCACUUUAUACACAACGACGGUCUUCAUUAAUGGGCGGGAAUACGCGUUGGAUAAUUUAUCUCUAAGUUAAAGGAGAGUUCAAAUGUAAAUAUGUCAGUAGUGUCAGUAGUGUCAGUAG